UCGCAGAUGGUUUCUUUGUAGUAGUGGCAGGUUGCUUUUUAAUCGUCAAAAUAUUAGUUAUAAUAUACUACCCGUAGCGUGGUCGUAAUUAUAAUAAUUAUAUUGUUGCAGUGUAAGCCAGUGUUGCAUAAAACCAGUGAAGAGCAGUUUUCAGUAAAAUUGUUGAAGUCCCGGCGUUCAUGGCAGAAAAUGGAAAGGGGGUCGUUAAAAAACCCGCUCAACAAAACACUUGAUUCCAUGGAUUGGAGCGCCGCACGAUCUGUCCAGAAUAGUUCUACUAUGGAUGUGUCCUACCCCACAACGCUUGCGGAAGAAACUGGACUCCGGCAUAUAAAAGCGGAAAUGGUCACUGGUUAUCGUAGCGUUCUUCUCCAGAUGAACGAAGCUGCAGGGUCAAACGGCGUACUGGGAAAAUUCGGAACCGAUGUGGAUGGUUUGACCAUCCGUUCUCUUCCGCGUGACGUUCAGGAGUCUUUAGAUGAAAAGUACUUGGACGAUAUCAAAAGUCUUGCGGACGGAGAUCGAUCGUUCAUCAGUGGUUUACAAAAUCGUUUGAAGAAUGCCGCACUCCGAGGCGACCUGGAGCGGUGCAACACGGAGGUGCUUCGCGAUAUGGCCAAAGUGUCGCACAGUGGUUAUUCCGGAUUACUUCUAUCUCAGCGCUCUAAUUUAGCGAAGAUGAAAUCUUCGCAGGCUGGUUUUCUUGCUGAUAUGCAAAGUGGUGAACGAGCUAUGACUCUUAUGGAGGUUGAAUAUUCCCGCGCGUUGCGGGAGUGCAAUGAAAGUAUUCUGUGCUCUACGCCGUUCGACUCCGUUGAUGUUUUCUUCGAGAAAGUAAAGGAUUUCCCGGAACAGAAUGCGGUGCAGUUAUGGAAAACCUUCCGGCACGUAAUCUCUGCCUUGUCAGAAUGCGACAGUGAUCAAGACCUUGUGAAAUUCCGUGAAUCUGAAUUGUUCGCGGUGCCGCUAAUCCAGGCUGCCCGAAAUUUUCUGGAAACAUGCGCAUUUGAUAGUAUUGCUUCUCGCGCCCGUGUUUCGCCGGUUCCAGAAGAACUUUCAACCCAUUCUCAUGUGAUUAUUACCUACACGAAAAGCCAGAUGAUGAAGCAUAAAAUUUCGACCGCGUUACCGAGUGGACGGAUACAUAAUCUUCCCGCAUGGAUGUUAAUCUUUUAUAGCCUCCGAGUGGGGGAUGUUGCUACUGCCAUUGAAUUCGCCAAUCAGGGCGAUAGCUCUACGAAGACUUUUGUUCAGUACCUGUAUGAUUACAACCGCAAUCAGCGGCGUUUAAGCCCCGAAAAGGAACGCGAAUUGCGGAACUUUUAUUCGCGUCAGUUGCCAUCGCUGAAAGAAGACCCGUACAAGCAAGCGUGUUAUUCUGUCAUUGCCCGAACAGAUUCUUCCGAAUCAUUUGGCCAGAUCACCGUUACUAUUUCGGACUGGCUGUGGCUGCAGUUGUCACGAGUAGAACUGAACGCAAAGGGAUCGACUUUGCCAAACUUGCAGUCUCUCGUGCAACAGAAAUUUGACGGGAAGAACUGUGAUGAUCUGCAGACGUUUUUGGUGUAUCUGUUGACUGGUCAGUUUGAAGCGGCCAUCGAGAAGCUGUCACAGACCGAAACAUAUCGCAUACAUGCUGUCCACAUGGCCAUUUGUCUAAAGCAGAGUAAUUUAUUGCUUGUAAACAAUGGUGUGAUGGAUAUGAUAUCGCCCGAUGCCAAUGAGCUGCGCUAUUUGGAUUUCGUGAAUUUGGUUGAGGAAUAUACGGCACAUGUUCGCAAACGCUUCCCUGAUGUUGCUUGUGAAUACUAUUUCCAGCUUGGCGAUGUGAUGUUGGAGACCGGGGCUGAUCUGGCUUUCAGCAGCUUCUUUGAAUGGAACAUCUGGAAAUUGGCCAGAGAUUUGGCUGAUGAUAUGAAUAAACUGUUGAAAUUAUUUGGCGACGUCCGGGUGGAUGCAUCCAAUGGGAAACGAGCCAGAGUUACUGGAAUUAUUUAUAAAUUCUCACCCAAUCCUGAGUCUGUGAUAGCUCGAAUUGCCGAAAAAUUUGAUGCAGAGGGAUUGUUUGAACCGGCAGUAAAACUUUAUGAGAUUGCUGGACAGGGUAAAGCGCUAAUGCGAACUCUGCUUAGAGAAUUGUGCGAUGUUGUUCUCCAUGUUGUUCCUAAUCCGAGACGCUCUGCGGUACAGAAGCUUGCAGCGGCUUACACUAACAGAUUGCAGGAUAACAGCGAGAAUGAUCUCGUGAUGUCUAACGUUUCGUUGCUGCUGGAUGUUCUCUCCUUCUACGAAUUACUAGAUAGAAAAGAUUUGGAUUCUGCCAUACAAAUCCUUGAACGGUCGCGUUUUGUACCUUUGAAUGUGGAGACUCUUCGUGAAUCCUUGGAGAUCUAUCAGAUAGUGCUAACGCCUGACGUGAGGCAGUGCAUCCCUGAAGUCAUUUCGCAUGCUGCGCGUGCUCUGCUAUAUUGGUACCAGCAGGAAAAACGAUCUGCACGGGAAAUAAGAAACAGAACGAACUUCAGUUCACCUGAUAGGAAUGCUUCCAUGUUACAAGUUUAUACUCGGGACCGUUUACUAGUCCUCGUGGAAUUUUGCCGGCUGAUUCCACUACCACAAUGUCCUGAACUUGUGCAGACCUUGCUGAAUUUGGAAUCACAAGUUGAUUAAUACUGUCUUUCCUUGGACAACCUGAAGAUUACUUAAAUUUUUUGGGUUUUUUUCCACUUCCUGAAUACAUCAAUGUAAAAAUAUGUUUUUCCUUUUGGUGUGUUGUUCGGAUUUGAAAUUUUUAUGGCAUAGCCUUCGAUCAGUUGUGGGUAUCGGUCGUGGGUGUAAUCCAGAACGUCUCCAUGGGACCUUUGCCUUUGAUGUCAAUCAUGCCGCGUGGGAUAAUCUCAAAACAAGUGGAUGUUGUAUGGAGCAAAUGCACAGUAGCGGCAGUUAAAUGGAUUCUAGAUGGUGCGCUCUUAUUGACCAUCCGCGAAGCGACGUUAAUCGUGUCUCCAAAGCUACAACGAGACAAUCCAGCGCAGUAAAAAACGUUAGUAGCUCGACAUAGAUUGUUUACAUGCAAUAUCUUGGCCUGCUAAUUCCUAUUAUCCCGGCAGCGCAUGGUCCUGCGAAUUCACAUGGGUUAACGUUCGGAAAGAGGCGCACUUAAGUAAAGCAUUAUACUGUUACAAUUUAAUUGAUAAUUCGCGUUUGUACCUGUAUGUAUUCCCAGUUUCAGCUGGAGCUCCAGUAUUUGAAAAAAUUUUGCACUUGUUGUCAUGAGUGCCGAAGCCAAGUGGCAUAUAAUUUUUGCAUGGUCGUUAUCGUUCCUGAUCGGUAAACCGGAUGCAACCUUUUCAGUUAAAGUUACAUCUUGAAUAGUCUAUUAGACCGUAUUGUCUGAGUACUCGUGCACUACUGAAAUACCAAUUUGAUAUGGUUUUAAUUUCGAUGUAUAAAAUUUGCACGACUGUUGAAGAGUCCCGAUGUC